UUUCGAAAGAUAAGCUACAUUUCAGUAGAUGUCAUUCCAUUUCAGCUGAUAACAUACUCAAAGUCGCUUUGUUUUUCAACUCCAGUGCAUCGCUUCUCGUCAGAAUUUCCAGCAAUCACAAUGUCUAAAGUUCCUGUAACUUCAACGGUAUCGCAGUUUAUUGAUGGCUUCCAGAUUCCGGCGUUUUUUAAUGCAGAAACAUUCCGUUCCGCCCUUGCCUACAAGCCUCGAGAUGAUGAUGUGUUUAUUGUGACCUACCCUAAAUGUGGAACAACAUGGGCGCAACAUAUUCUUGUUCUUAUCUUUAGAAUGGGAAAGCCUUUAGAAUCAGAAAUAGAGUUGUGGUCUGCAAGUCCUUUUCUUGCUAUGGCAGGUGCUAGCGCUGCAGAAGAGAUGCCAAGACCUAAUGCUAUAAAGUUCCAUCUUCCUUAUCAUCUAAUUCCAAAAUCGGAUAAAGCCAAGUAUAUCUAUCUGACAAGAAACCCAAAAGACUGCUGUGUUUCUUAUUUCCACCAUAUGAGAAAUGUUCCCGAACAUGAGUUCAACGGAACGUUUGAUGAGUUUUUUGAGCUCUUCAUUGCUGGAAAAGUAGAUUAUGGUGAUUACUUCGAUCAUGUUCUUAGUUGGUAUGCUCACAGGAAUGAUCCCAACGUACUUUUCUUAACUUAUGAGGAAAUGAAGAAGGAUAUAAGGAGUGCAAUUUUUAAAAUGGCAUCGUUUAUCGAUGAUGCUGCAUAUGCAGAGCCACUACGAAAUGAUCCUGAAAAAUUGAAUAAUAUUGUGAAAUUUAGUAGCUUUGAUUACAUGAAGAAGGUUGUAAAUAAAGGUAUCGAAGAAUUACGAUCAAUGUCUAAGGAAGAAAUAAUGAAUUCUACACUACCAAGGGAGUUUAAAAAUAUGUUCGGUGCUUCACCUACUCAAAAACAAGAACGAGACUACACCAAAAAAGAUGAUAAUGCUCAUUUUGUACGAAAAGGGAUCGUUGGAGGUUGGAAAAACUAUUUCUCUGAUGAACAGAGCAAACGCAUGGACAAGAAAUUUGCUGAGAAAUUGAAGGGCACUGAUCUCGAGGUUUUGUGGAAAGACAACAUGUAAACAUUUUUUAAUUACUUUUUCGGAAGAUAUGCUCUUUCAACUCCUUUCCCUAAAAAAUAAAGCUUGUUUAUUCAAGAAGGGAUCAACUCUUUUGAAUUAUUUCCAUACCAUUUAUAAAUUUAAAUGAAACUUUAUUGCAAAUUUUAGUAAAUUUGACAAAAAUAGAUGACUGCCAGUCCCAAAAUAAGAAUCUUGCAAGAAUCCCUGGUAUUGGGUCUUCCGUGUUCAUCUUUAAAACACACAAAAGGAUUGUUCAGAUGUACAAGCCAUCUCCAGCUAAAAAAUAAAGCUUUUGAAGAUUUUUCACUUUUGAA